UAUUUUGGUAUUUAUAUAUUAUAUAUACUCCCUUUUAUUUUUCUUCCUCUUUGCCUAUCCCCCCCUUUGUUCUCCACAGCAAAGAAGAAGAAGAAGAAGAAGAAGAGAGAUUUAGCCAUAACUCAUAAGCUAUGUCUGAUGAAGAACACCAUUUUGAGUCCAAAGCUGAUGCUGGUGCCUCAAAAACUUACCCUCAACAAGCUGGUACUAUUCGCAAGAAUGGUUACAUAGUUAUCAAAGGAAGACCUUGCAAGGUUGUUGAGGUCUCCACUUCCAAAACUGGCAAGCACGGACAUGCAAAAUGUCACUUUGUGGCAAUCGACAUUUUCAAUGGGAAGAAGCUUGAAGAUAUUGUUCCUUCAUCCCACAAUUGUGAUGUGCCGCAUGUCAACCGUACAGACUAUCAGCUGAUUGACAUAGCUGAAGAUGGUUUUGUGUCUCUUCUUACUGAAAAUGGAAACACCAAAGAUGACCUCAGGCUUCCCACCGAUGACACCCUGCUGAACCAGGUUAAAGGUGGAUUUGAGGAAGGAAAGGAUCUCGUGCUGUCCGUGAUGUCUGCAAUGGGUGAAGAACAGAUUUGUGCUGUGAAGGACAUUGGUGGUAACAAGAACUAGUUGCGAGCAUUCUGCAGCAUAAAUAAUUGCUUUUAGCCAGAGUCAUUUUAUAUCUUAUUGUGGUACUUUGAAAUCUGUUUUAUCGUGAACUCACCUUAUUUCUAUUGGCAUGGCUUGAAUAGUUGACUCUAUAGUUUUGUCUGGUAAGGCAAUGAACUGAGAUUUGAUAGCAGAAGUAAUCUACAUGAGUGUCACUUUUUUUUUUACUUGUUUCAUUCAUUAUUGGCCUAUAUUGUGCUUAAUGGUGUAUUCACAUAAUGGAAUAUCAUUAUGAAAGAUGCUAAACAGCACCAGAAAACAAAUACUGUUUGAAAGAAAUCCAGAUGUGGUGAUUCAAUAAAGUAAGGUAAAAUGGUCAAGUUUGCCUCUGUA